GCACAGUAGACAGAGGUACGUGCGUGAGCCCUUGCGUUGUCUCCAAAAUGGCAAAUUCGUUAGUCCAUGUACUUGCGACUCGAGAGCAACUGGCUGCAUUUGAUGAGAAAGAAGAUGCCGAACGCGUGUGUCUCAUUGGGAGUCAUUGGAUCCAGGUGAUGGGCGUCCUACUAGAAUUACGGCAACGAGUCGUAGGCACAUCGUUGGUGCUGUUUCGGAGGUACUGUACAUUAAGACGGGUAAACAAUUUGGAGGUGGGAAUGACAGCACUGACAUGUCUGCUGCUGGGUUGUAAAGCCGCAGAGACGGCGGUGUCGAUAAAGCAGCUGUGUACGGUGGGCAUGUACGUAUGUGGGAUGGACAAGAUUGAAAAGAAAGAAACGGACGCAUGCACGGCUGGCGGUACUGACGCAACUGAAAAUACGAGCAGCGAUCCCUUCGUCCUUCCGUCGUUGUAUGACGAGCUGUUGCUGAGGACGACAGAGGAGUUGCUCCGGCGAGAGCUUGUUGUGCUCGAGGCACUCAACUUUGAGCUGCAUGUGGUGCUUCCACACGCACUUGGAGUGCAGUACUUGCAGACGCUUGGUCUAGUCAGAGAUACACAGUUUGUGCAAACGUGCUGGAACCUGAUGAACGAUGCGCUGCGAACGCGGCUCUGCGUUUCGCUAGCGCCAUUCUGUGUUGCAGUAGGAUGUGUAGCCCUUGCAGCACGGAUUCACCAUCGCAAACUCCCCGACGAAUGGUAUCGGGUAUUCGAUGCGACGGUUCAAGACACUGCAGAUGUGGAAGCAGCACUGACAGCUAUGUACUCAGCGAUGCUGGAAGCGCAAGCCGGGCCUUCAAAACCAGCCUGGAUGCACAUGCGUGAGGUGGAGUAUGCGACGAUCCACUAAAUAGACAAAAUGAAAAAUGUACUCAUGCGGGAGUGAAAGGAACCGGUCGAGUUUCAGGGUGAG